ACCUGGGAAAAUCGGAAUUCCUUUUCUUCUGUGUUUGAAUAUUUAGUUUAGGUUUGACUGUGUAUGAAUUUCUGGUUUAAACUGGUUUAAGUUGUGAUUUUAGUUCAAACUUUCUCGAGAACAGAGUUAGAUACAUGAAAAUAGAGACCAGAUUUUAAACUAGAGAAAAAUGGCUUCACCAUUGCUGUUAGAGAGUGUUUGGUUUGAUAAGUAUAAGUAUGAUGAUGCUGAAAGAAAUUGGCAAGAACAUUUAGCAAAGAAUUCAAAAGGUGAAAAAGUGAAAGAGAGCCAGAGCUCCCAAAGUACUAUAGUCAGUGAAAUAGCCCGUGUACGUCAGCAUAUAAAAAAUUCCUUGCAGUCAGGAGAAUCUGUUAAUGUAGUAUCAUUGGGUGAAUCAGGAGAUCUUUCUGAUAGAGUUCGGAAAUUAGAAAAAGAAAACGACUCAUUAACAGCAUGGUGCCAAGAUUUGCAGUCAUUAAUACAAAAGCUUGAUUCUAGAAUUGCUGUUUUAGAAGGAAAGAAUAAAGUUGUUACUGAAUCUGUCAAACCAAUAAACAAGACAGUAAAUAAUAUAAAACCUGAUGAUGAUGAUGAUGAUGAUGAUAUUGAUUUAUUUGGUUCAGAUGAAGAAGAUGAAAAAUCAUCUAAAGCUAGAGAACAGGUUUUGAAAGCGUAUGCAGAAAAGAAAUCAAAAAAAAAAGCAGUUAUAGCAAAAUCCAGCGUAGUUUUAGACGUCAAGCCUUGGGAUGACGAAACGGAUUUGGCAGAAAUGGAGAAAAAGGUGCGAGAAAUACAGUCGGACGGACUCCAGUGGGGAGCUUCCAAACGUGUACCAUUGGCGUAUGGUAUUUAUAAACUUCAAAUCGUGAGCAUAGUGGAAGACGAAAAAGUCAGUAUCGACUGGUUAGUAGAAACAAUUCAAGAAAUCGAAGACUAUGUACAAAGUGUAGACAUCGCUGCAUUUAACAAGUUAUAAUUCUGUUAUUUGAAAAUGUUUUUCUAAAUUUGGAAAAAUAAAAUAAAAUUUUUUUGCAUCUAA